UUCAACCGGCACAGCGAGGAUCCGGGGAUGGACCUGGCGUCAGAACACGCACAGAAGAUGCGCGUUGAAUAAAGAAUACCGUGGGCAUUUCCCCUCGGCUUGAGGUAGCGUGACCAUGACCGCUCGGCGCAGGGACAGCCUGCGAAUACGACCAGCGGACAGCGCCGGCUUGAAGUCUCCGAAGAAGCCCAGACAACGGGAUCUACCCAGCACCACCACCAUCAGUAGCGGCAGCAUUAGUGCGGGGUGCGCUAGUGAAUCGAUGACUGCCUUACCACAAUGGAUGCGCCUGUAUUUCUAUGGGAUGCACGGAGUAACGUUGGACAUCAUCCUGUCAUCGAUACGCAGGUUCCUGGAUGCCAGCGAUUUCAAGCUACUAGGCUUCUCCUCCCCUUACCUCUGCAUAAUGCACUCUCUCACCCAUCUCGUGCUAGAAAAGGUGUACAUGCAGAAAAAGUGCUUCCGAGGGCGCCCGGUUGUUUUCCAUUUGAUUUUCUACCCGUCUUUGUACAUCGGCCUGCAAAUCCUAAUUGGCAACAUCUUCACCACAACGGACAACAUCAAAGUGGUGUCGGCGACGCAGCUUGCCAUUCAUUACGCCCUCGCCCUGUACUUCUCCAGCGUGUUUCAUAAGGGUUUACUGCACCUGCAGUAUCAAUGCCCCGAGAAACGCAACCAGGCUAAUAAUAAAACGAAAGCGCACGAGAAGGCGAGAUCUCUUCCUGGGCUACCGGGCGUUCUACGCUUCGUGUUCUUUGGCAUGCAUGGCUUCCUGGACGAGAUUGUGUUCACCUCGGUCUUCAACCUCUUCGAGAAGUCUGACCGCUCCCUGAGCGGCCACACGUCCCUUUGGUCCUUCCUAAUGUACGGCAGUUGCAGCUUCGUGGUGGAGAAGCUGUACAUGCAUCUGCACUUCGCGAGGGGAUGGAGCACGUGGAUGCGGCUGCCCAUCUAUAUAGUUUUCAUAUACACCUGGGAGUUCUCGUGGGGUCUUGCGCUGCGCCAAUAUGACGCUUGCUCGUGGGACUACUCCCACUACCCGCUGAAUUACAUGGGUCUGGUGACCUUGCUCUAUCUGCCCGGCUGGGUCUGCCUGAGUUUGUAUCAGGAUGUCCUGUCCAACGUGCUAUUGCGUGUUGUGUGUACCAAAGAGGAGACCUUACUGGCAACGGGUGUCAAUGGGCGUCCGUCGUCAUCCAGGAAAGCUGUAUUUAAACGAUGUGUUGAGUAGGCUGUUGUGAUUAAACAACAGCAGUAAUAACUUUUUUGAGGGGUAACUAUCCAUGCCACCCACCAGUGGUGUAGGAUACACGCAUCACACUAUUGUAUUUCCUCUGAGAAAAUGGACGUAGCUGUUUUCAGCAGCUUUACUGUAGCCUAUCUGAAGUCCUUACCCCAUGUACUUGAGAGAAAGGUGAACUACACUCUGUAUGUAAAUGUAGGCUAGCUUUUAACAAACACUGUUUUUGUGGGGUAUGUAAUGAAUGAACUCAACUGUAAGAACCCAUUGAAUGUUAGCUACUCCCUAAUUAUUGUCACCAAAUGGAGAAUGGCCAUUUUGGGGCAAAGACAGUGGAUAUAGGCCUACCAUGUCUAUAGCACUUGCAUUCUGCACGAGACUUAAUUGUUCACAUAUUGCAUGACAGUCCAGUGUUAAAUAGAUGAUGUGAAUAAGGCUGGUCACCUUAUAACAAGAAUUUAGAUUUUUUUUUCACCUAUGAUUUUAUUGUAAACCACCAAUCAUUUAGGCUAUGAAAGCUUUGAGUUAGAGUGCCUUCAUUUACAGACAUAGGCAGCUGAAUUUGAGAAAUGCAUAGGCCUAGUAUAACAUGAUACAUUUGACUCCAUUUAGUAGACUACCUUGACUGGGUGGCAAAGGUCAGCAAAAGAAAACAGAAUAGUUUCCGGUUUCAGCAUAUCAGGAGAUAGCUUGCUGUAUGUUCAGCAUGUUUGCAUAGAUAAUUCCCUGCAGUGUCUCCACUGAAACUGCCAUAAACGGGACAACACAAUGUUAUUGUGUGGGGUUUCACCUACUUACCUGUAGAUUCGGAUGUAAGAGUGUCUGCAUUUGGUAGACUUUUGAAUCAUAUAACACAUUUAUGGCUCUGGUUAUAAAGUCAUCAUCUUGUGACUUAAGGUACGUCCGUCAGCCAUUGGCACAAAACCAUGGCCCUCCAAAGAUAGUAGUGUCCAGUUUUGGAAGGAUGAGUUUACAGUAGUUAGGCCUAUAUCUAGCCCUUCAGACAGGUUCUGAAGUUGACGACAUGGGAACCAGGCCCUAAUGAGGUAUGUGCUGUCUAGACCAACUCUUAAGUGCACCAAGCAAGCUUCCUUGUCCAUGCAUUGGCAGCUAAUUCAUCAGUCAUGUUAAAUUAUUCAAAUCCAGAAGGCGCACAGGUAUGCUUAUUUUACAAUAUUACACCUCCAGGUACAAAAUUGUUAGCCUGGUCCUGACCAUCCCAUAAUACUACCAUUUCAUUUCGUAUUUAUGGUCUGGCAUUUGUUUGCUCUGAAGCAAUUGCAAGAAGCAGGAAGUUUGCACUCAGUUAUGGUUUGAAAUUAUUGGGGGCGUUGCGAUCAAAAUCCUACUGCUCCAGGCACUCCACAGAGAAGCACGGCCAGACUCGUAGUGGAGCCAAUUCUUUGGCAGAAGUACGUAGGAUGGCUCGCGAGGCUACAAAAUUGUGCCUUUAUGUUUUUUGUAGACCAGUGCUUAAUUUGUCAAGUGGGAGGUCCUGGAGCGCAGAGGAUGGGUGGCUCCCCCAGGAGGGGGGAUCUGUGAUGUCUUUCCCUAAGGUUCCAUCCAAGGUUCCAGAGCUCUCGUCUGAGGUUCCGGAGCUAGCUCCCCCUUGCUCCCCCUCAAAUUAAGCACUGUUGUAGACAUAUAUAAAAGGUACCAUGUCGUAUGUUAGAGGGUAUACUGUAUAUGAAUUAAGAAGGAUGUGGUGUAUUUUUGAAAAGUAUAUCAUAUGACUGCAAAUUCUGCAGGGUACUGCCCGAGCAACAAGUAGUAGCUGUUGUACCCCCACUUAACUACAGAAAUGAGACACCAGCCUUAUUAGACAGGUUACACAAACUGUUGCAACAUAAUAUCUUUCAGUGACCAGUGAGUGUUGAAAGGAUUCCCAGGCACUCUUACCUUGUCAUGUCUGCCAUUUACCCUUAACUCUAGUUAAUAAUCAAACACAAAAGGGAAGCAUUUAGCAAAAUAUAACGACUGAUACUACUGCCUACAGACACCAAACCCCCUCUAUAGUUGACACACAGAGGGGGAGAUGAAUGGAUUCUUAUUUGUUUGUUUUCCUUGUUUAAAAAAAACCCUUGCACUGUGAACUGUGUACUAGUGAUCAACAGGAGUAGUUCAACUCCUUAUGAAAAACACACCUUUGAAAUAUUUCAAUAACAAUGACUCCUGUUUGCUUGGUGUUUUUUUAAAUACUUGUUUUGUUCAAAUAUAGCCUAUUCCUAGAUGUCCUGCAUGUCGGUAUGUUUUGUAUUUUCCACAUGCGUACAGUACGUACAUCUCGAAAGUAUGCCGUUGACUUGUUGAAUGGAAGCUCGUGCAGUAUGCAUUACCUGUGUACAUUUCUCAUUAACGGUAAUCUAUAUUACAUGAAGCUGUUCACUGUGAUGCUACGAGAGAAGUGCAAUGAAGUAUGUUGAUGGUGGGGAGCAGGACCGUCGACCGGGGGGGACAAACAGGGUCAGUUGUCCUGGACCCAUGGAGACUGGGGUGGGCACACAAUUUGGUCCCCAUUACAUUGUAUGCAUUGAGAGAAUAGCCCUUUCAUAUAAUUUUUUCCCAGGCCCACUCAAAGCGGCUAGCGGCCCUGCUGGGGUGUCAAGCUGGUAUGAAAGGACGCCCAAAGCCCCCCUGCAAUGAUGGCAUGUCAUUUAUUUUGCAUGUACAGUAACGGGACUAACUAGCAUGACAGCUAUUAUAGCGUUGCCUUCCCAUGGUGAUACACUUGGAUUUUAACCAUAGAUGAUUUGAAAUGAUUGAUACACUGAACGUGAACUGUCAUGGAAAUAACUGAGGUGAAUUAAAAAAUAAUAAUGAUCACAUCAUGCCAGUGUGGUGAAU